AUAAAUACCUUGUAGAUCACUUAACCUAACAUAUCAUUCAAACUUCAAACCUACAACAUAUUGAUCAGCAAGAUUCUCACUCAAGUUCUGUAAUAUCAUCAAUGGCGGCUGUAGAAUUGAUGUCACAAUACUCAGAACACCUGAGUGCUUACAAACUCGCUUGUGAACAACACCCAGAGCUCAAAUCCUUUGAUGCCACGCUUCAGCAUAAAACCAACAAAGCAAUAGCCAAAAUCCCCAUUAAAGCCAAGCCUAAGCCAGUGUCGUCCACAUACGAAGUACACAAGCAUGUCUCCCAGCACGUAGUUGAUGUUACCGAAAGUUUAACAAAGUUCAUUACUGAAAGCGACCACGAUGUGUUUCAGAGCAAAGCUCUAAGGGAUUUGGUCGAGGCCUAUUUCGACAACACCGAGAAGACGCUUGAGAUUUUAAGGACUAUAAAGAGUUGUGUCGGCGAAGCGGAAUAUGGAAGACUUCUCAUCCAACAGGCCGUGGCAGAUUUCGAGAGAGAGUCGGCAGAAAAAGAUCUUGGUGGAAAAAAGAAGAGGUAUGAAGAGACUUUGAAGAACCUCAAGAAGUUUAAAAAGAUUGGUGAUCCUUUUGAUGGACAAGUGCUCACGAAUCUGUUCGAGAAGCUCGACCAGCAGCAAAAAACUCUUCUGGAGGAAGUGAGUAAGGCUAAGGAAAAGAUUGGUAAGGAAAUUUCUAGUCUCAAGACAGAAAUUUUAAUCACACAUGUGGUUUUUGGGGUGACGGCUGCUCUUGUUAUCGUCGGGUCAAUAGUUGCACUUGCAUCAGGAGUGGGUGCUAUUGCGGGGAUUACGGCUUUAUCCGGGUUUCUGAUUACCGCGGGAUGGCCUGCUCUCUACGCUACUUUGGAUAGCAAGAGGGAAGCUCUGGAGAAAGAGUUGGCUCGUCUGGAAGAAAUGGAUCAUAAGACGAAUGACGUGGAUAGGGCUUUAGAAAUCAACAAAGAAUCGAUGAAGUCCGUAGCUAGUCAAGUCAAGGAGCUAGAAAGUUGUAUCGAAAAGGUUAUGCAACUUGUCGAUAAUGCUAUUGACAAUGAAGACGAUGAGACGGACACUAGACUUGUCCUAAAGCUACUCACUAGUAAUGUUGAUGAGUUAACUGAGCAAAUCAAGGAGGUUGGUGAAAGUGUGGAGAAUCAUAGCAAAUUGAUCUCAGAGGCAAGAUUUCACGUUCUUGAAAAGAUCAACAGUUCUUGGUAAGAUUAAACGUUAUCUAUGUUGGUUGUUCAGUUCCCAUAUUUUCUAUGUUCUAUGUGUAUUGUACUUUUUUAUUUUACUUUGUAACGUUUGACCAUCCGAGAGCAUUGGUUAAUAUGUAUCUCUCUAUCCCGCGUUAUGUAUUUUUAUAAUUCGUGAAAUAAAGUUUGAAUAAAACUU